AUGAACAAAGUUUUGAAAUCUCAUAAACACAAUAUCUCCGAUAUAAAUGAACUUCAAGCUACAUUAAAUAGUAAAGCGGACAAGAACCAUGUUCAUUAUAUAACUUCAGACGAACAGAUUAUAACGGACUACCAUGGAUAUUUAACACGAAGUGAUGAAGCGAAGACAAAAAAUGUUAAUGAAAGAAGAUAUAAAUACAUUCGUGCUAAAGGUUAUGACAUAAGCUGUACUGUACAGUAUGAUGUAGCUAAAGCACCAGAAGCAUUUGGUUAUACCGGUGAAAUUUAUGCCUCUACUUUCAAUGUUAACGGUGUAUUAGUUGAACCAAGAUUUACUUUGAGAGUUAAGGCAAAAAUAACGUUUGAAGAUGCUAUUAAAAGUAAAGCUGACAAAGUUGAACUCGAAGCAAUGAACAAAGUUUUGAAAUCUCAUAAACACAACAUCUCCGAUAUAAAUGAACUUCAAGCUACAUUAGACAGUAAAGCUGACAAGAACCAUACACAUAAAUCCUUCACUACUGUUAGAGCAGACGACAUAAUAUUGAACUUUGACCUUGGUUCAAGUGCACCAUUAGAAAAUCCAAGUACAAGCGUAAAAGAUACUCUUAACAGUUUAGAUAAGAGUUGCAGGAACAUUGAAAGUCAUGCCAGAAACUUUGAAGCAUAUGAACUACCAACAAUGUUAGAUAAGAAAGCAGAUAAAACUUAU